CUACAUUUAAUACAGUAUCUUUAUUUUUAAUGUAGAACAUAAGUUCUUUGGAUACGAAAUUAACCUUAGGAUGCAGUUACUACAUGUUGCUAUAUGCUACUUCCUGACUAUGAGCUUCUGUUAUGGAAAUGCACGGUUAAAAGAUGCCGAACCCACGACCGCUACUGAGCCUAAUGCCGUAACAGCAACGCUAUCGGAUAUGGAUAUUAAAACGGCAGUCGACCUGCACAACGAGUUUCGAAGGUCUGUUAAACCCACUGCAAGUAAUAUGAUUGAAGUUGCUUGGGAUCCAGCGCUUGCUCGUGUGGCAAGGGAAUUUACACAAAAGUGUGAAUAUAAUGGCUUUCUCGUUUUGAAACCUCUAAAUGACUAUUCACAAAUUGGUAUGAACUCCUUAGCAAACGAAAAGAAUCCAACACAUUCUAGCUUGCUAACAAUAGCAAUUACUCAUUGGCCGGCAGAACAACCAUAUUAUAUUUAUAGAAAUAGUACUUGCAGACUUCGAAACUGUAGGUCUUAUGAGCAAGUCGUAAUGGCAAAGAUGCGCGGUAUAGGUUGUAGCAUUACAGCAUGUAAAAUGUUAAAAUCACCGAGUUUUUCUGCUGGUCCUGAAAACCUCAUCGCAUGUUACUACGGACCAGUUGAUUUAAUGAGAAAACCUUAUAUUUCUGGCCCGAGCGCGUCAUCUUGUCCGGUCGGAUACGAGCCUAAGAACAAACUAUGCUCCAAGUCUAAUAAUACGUACCCCACUACAGUUAGUCCCCCGACUACACCCGAACCCACAAGUACAACAGAGCCUGAGUCUAACAAAGCAGCAAUACUGUCAGCUUCGGACAUCCAAGCGGUGCUCGAUAAACACAAUGAGCUACGUAGAUCAGUUGAACCCACUGCAAGCAACAUGAUGGAAAUGAUUUGGGACCCUGCGCUUGCUAAAAGCGCAGAUAAUUACACCCAAAAAUGCGUACUUGACGACAGUGAUGUUUACAUCAGCAGUUCUAUCGGUUAUUCAAGCGUUGGUCGGAAUACCGCCUUAUUUGGAAUGAGAAAAUCAAGUUUUUCUAGCAUUUUAACAAAAGCAAUUACGUUGUUGGCGAGAAGAGAUAAAUCUCACUACAGGUAUGCCAGUAAUAAGUGUUGGGGUAACUGUGGAAGCUACAAGCAAAUUAUUUGGGCGCAGUCGUACGCUCUUGGUUGUAGUAUCACCGCAUGCAAAAAACUAAAAACACUAUAUUCUUCUGAAUCCAAAAACUUUAUCGUUUGUUUGUAUGGACCCGCAAGUACAACCGGUAAGCCUUAUAUCUCUGGCCCAAGCGCGUCAGCUUGCCCGACUGGUUAUAAACCUAAGAACAAACUCUGUUCUAACUCCAAUAUUCAGUACACGACCACCGUUCAACCUCUAACUCUAUUCGAACCAACGACCGCUGGUAAGCCUGAGCCUGUAACAGCAGUUCUGUCAGAUGCCGAUAUUAAAACAGCGGUGGAAAAACUUAACGAAAUUCGAAGAUCAGUUGACCCCACUGCAAGCAACAUGCUGGAGAUGAUUUGGGAUCCGGUGCUUGCUGAAAUGGCAGAUAAUUAUAGCCGGUCAUGUAUACUUGACGGCGGUGACAGCGAUUCUACCACCUAUUCAAGCGUUGGUUAUACUGUGGUCAUGAGCAAAUGGCAAUUAAAUUUCACUGGUCAGCUAACAGAGGCUAUUACAGGGUGGGCAGACGAGAGACACAUUUACACUUACAGAAAUGAUCAUUGUUGGGGUAACUGUGGAAGCUACAAGCAAAUUAUUUGGGCGCAGUCGUACGCUCUUGGUUGUAGUAUCACCGCAUGCAAAAAACUAAAAACACUAUAUUCUUCUGAAUCCAAAAACUUUAUCGUUUGUUUGUAUGGACCCGCAAGUACAACCGGUAAGCCUUAUAUCUCUGGCCCAAGCGCGUCAGCUUGCCCGGCUGGUUAUAAACCUAAGAACAAACUCUGUUCUAACUCCAAUAUUCAGUACACGACCACCGUCCAACCUCUAACUCUAUUCGAACCAACGACCGCUAGUAAGCAUGAGUCUGUAACAGCAGUUCUAUCAGAUGCCGAUAUUACAACAGCGGUGGAAAAACUUAACGAAAUUCGAAGAUCAGUUGAACCCACUGCAAGCAACAUGCUGGAGGUGAUUUGGGAUCCGGUGCUUGCUGAAAUGGCAGAUAAUUAUACCAAAAAAUGCGAAUAUGAUGACAGCGAUGCUUACAUUAACAGUUCAAAGAAAUAUCCAAGCGUAGUUCGAACUAUUGCGAUAUCGGGAAGUAGGUCAAGUUUCUCCAGCCUCUUGGUAAAGGCAAUUGCCGGGUGGACAAGACAGAAAAAUAGCUAUACUUAUAAUACUAAUUCUUGUUGGGGUAACUGUGAAAGAUACAAGCAAAUUAUAAGGGCGCAAUCGUACGCUGUUGGUUGCAGUAUUACGGCAUGCAAAAGAGUAAAAGGACCAGCAGUACUCCCUUUCCCACAAAACUUCAUCGUUUGUUUCUACGGACCCGCAAGUACAACCGGUAAACCUUAUAUCUCUGGUCCAAGCGCGUCAGCUUGCCCGACUGGUUAUAGACCCAAGAACAAACUCUGUUCUAAGUUCAGUAUUCAGCACACGACGACGACCGUUCAACCUGUUCUGACGACCGGAGCCGAGCAAAGAUCCAACUUUUCAGCUAUACUUAAACGUCCAUGUUUUUCCAAACUCUCAAACACCACUAAUGUUUUAUCCACGUUCACAUCUGCACUGCUUGAGCAGAUUGGAAAAAUACAAAAAGGACGAUUGAUCUAA